AUGGCGCACGCUGGCAGCACGAUCAUCCCGAAAUCGCUGUCCGACCUUUUGGCUCCCGUUGCGGAAAGAGUCCAAAUAUGGUCACCCAAGAAAAAUGGAUGGAAGGAUGUCUUCUUGCUGGCCCAGGUCGACCUAUGGUGGAGGAAGGCGGGUCCCCACGAAGAAUGCCCCAGAGUGAGGAACGCAUGGCACGCAGGCAAACACAUCGGACUGGUCCGUGGCGAAACAGUGGUGGUGUACUUUGCAGGCGAAUGCACAUGGAUGGUGAAGCACCAGGAAGAGAAGCAAAGGUUCAAGACUUCCUACCCAGAGAUGGCGGCUAAAUGGGUUCGCAUUUUGGAGCUGCGAGUUAUGGCAUGGUCUGACAUGAUGCAAGCUCUCCAGCUGCACGAGGAGACUAAAGUAGGGCAGGAGGGAUGUGGAGGAACGAAAAUUCUGACCUCAGCGAACCUGGCGAUCGCCAAGCUUGCUGUGGACAGGGCAGCAACAGCUGUUGGUGCCCUUCAAUCGACUGGUGCCGUUCAAUCAACUGCGCUGCUCAUCAAGGAGGUGGGAGGAGCUGUGCCAUUUGUGGGUGCCGCCCUGCAGCUGCUGGGAUUUGUGCUCGAGGUGGCUGCUCGAGAGAGGGAAGAAAUGGGACGUGUUGGGUCUGCGCACAAUCGGCUGUUAGAGGUCGGCAA